UUUUUUUUCCCAACCAGAGAGAUACGAGUUGAGUUAUUAUAAUAAUCAUCUUCUUCAGAGUUGUACGGACAUGGCGAUGAUGAGGAUGGCUGGACUUAGCCACAUCACCAAUACUGCUACUGCUCUGCUUCCAUGUCUCUGCAGCGGAACAAUUCUUCGCCGCCGCUCCCUUCGUCUCCGAAACGGUGGUUCUCGAGAACGAAAGUUUCAGCUCCGAUGCGUCUCGGCGUCUGAUUCGUUGCAGUUCGAUUUCUCUCCGCCUCCCAUCGAUCACGAUCUCCUUGAUACAAUUAGUGUUUCUGGAGGAAAAGUCUCAGAAGAUGGUGUUGUUGAGAGUUUUGAUAACGAUGAUGAGGCUUUGGAUGCAUUUGAUAAUGGAGUGGUGGUUGUGGACCUCUCACAUUUUGGGAGAAUUCGAGUUAGUGGAGAUGAUCGCGCUCAUUUCCUUCAUAACCAAACUACUGCAAAUUUUGAAUGCCUUAACGAAGGACAAGGAUGUGACACUGUAUUCGUUACCCCAACAGCAAGGACCAUAGAUAUUGCACGUGCCUGGAUAAUGAAAAACGCGAUAAUGCUAAUGGUUUCUCCAACGACGUGCCAAAGCAUAAUUGAGAUGUUAAACAAGUACAUUUUUUUUGCUGACAAGGUAGAGAUCAAAGAUAUCACCAAGCAAACUUGCUUAUUUGCUUUAGCAGGACCCAAAAGCAACCAAAUUAUGUCUAAACUGAAUCUGGGAGAUCUUAUUGGGCAGCCAUAUGGCACGCAUAAACAUUAUAGUUUCGAUGGAAUGCCAAUAACAGUUGGAGUCGGGAGUCUUAUUUCAGAGGAAGGCUUUACCAUGUUAAUGUCACCAGGGGGUGCCAUUUCAGUCUGGAAGACUCUUUUAGCUGAAGGUGCCAUUCCAAUGGGUUCUGUAGCCUGGGAGAAACUUAGAAUCAUUCAAGGAAGACCAGCACCUGAGAGAGAACUCAGCAAGGAAUUCAAUGUUCUCGAAGCGGGUCUAUGGAACUCGAUCUCUCUGAACAAAGGUUGUUAUAAGGGGCAAGAGACUAUCGCAAGACUCAUAACAUAUGAUGGAAUCAAGCAAAAGUUGUGUGGACUCGACCUCUCUGCACCAGCUGAACCCGGCAGCACCAUCACAUUCGACGGGAAAAAGGUCGGGAAGCUAACGAGCUACACUAGAGGAAGAAACGGAUCUAGCCAUUUUGGGUUAGGCUACAUCAAGAAACAAGCAGCCGUAAUUGGAAACACAGUGACUAUAGGAGAAGACAUCUCUGGGAUAGUAUCUGAAGUCCCUUACUUAUCCAGGCAACAUCCUCCAUCAACCAACCCAAGUUCUUGAGUAAGAAGAAAAAAUGCAUGCAAGGAAACUGCACAUGGACAUAAACUGGUACCCAAAACAAAACUUUUUUAACACAUUGGUUUUGAGAUGCGAGUAUAUUAUAUUUGGGUUCUCAUAGAAGAUUAGAAACAUUUGUAUUGAUAUAUAAGAAAGUGAUUAGAACAACAGUGUUUGGGUCUUAAAUAGACGUUUUUCUUAGGGGCAAAUCAUGUUAGGACAACUGCAGAGACGCUUGUUGUUAGGUUUAGUGGUGCAAUUGCAGUAGACUGGGCUGAGCCUUACACUUGGAUCCCAUGUACGUAAUAAGUCAUUUAGACAUUGUUGUCCUCCA